AUGGAUGAUACAAUAGUAGGACCAGCUAUUUCCAAUAAACCCUAUUUCAUACUGUCUACGCCUAUCGUCCCAGAGGAGCUUGCGAGAUCAUCUGCGCGCCUUUUAACUACUGUUAAUGCACAACCAAAGUUAACACAGGCGUUUCGUUUAGAAGUCAAAUUUUUAGAAGAUCGUGCGGAGUUUAAGAUAUGCCUUGACCGUGUGUUGUGGUAUGAUGUCUACCUUCGUAUCAAACCUCUCGCUGAAGCUGUUAAAUUGCGAGGGAAUAACUAUGUCGUGCUUUUGCGACGGGAACCGAUUAGGGAAUUACUAUUAUUGCCCUGUCCUAAAGGAGAUAAAAUGGAUCGUAAUCAUUUUGAUAAUGAGACACUGGUACAACAAAGUGAGUUCUGGAAGGAUCUGUUGAAACAAAAGCAACGCUUAAAGUUUCAUACUAUAGCAGUUAAUUAUGGCCGGUGGGAAACUGCUCAAUCACGAGAUAGGUAUGCACAAACAUGUCAUGCGCACAUUCAUUUGCUUUUUGAUAGUAAUGCUUGGGAAGAGGUGAAGAGCAUGGUAUCACACGAAAUGAUAUCAAAUUUAAAUGCCCGAAAUUAUCCUGGACCAAACUACUUGCUUAAGGAUUGCAUGGAGUUAGAACAACAACGGUUACAAUUAGCGGAACAUCAAUAUAUGUCAACUGGGAUAACCAAAAUAUCAGAAACUGUCGAGAAUGGCAAUAAAACUCUAAUCAAACUGUCAGAAACUGUCGAGAAUCUAUCAGAAACUGUCGACAGUGGUAAUAAAUAUCUCAUAGAGGCAAUUACUUCUCUCACUGGUGCCAUAAAAGAUUUUAAAAAAAGCAAUGAUCAAGAAAGAAAUUAA